AAAAAAAAAUACAAUUAUUACGUAGAAAUGUGGAAAUCUUCAGAUUAAUUACGUCGUGUUAUUGUUCAAAACUUGGACGGCAGUUUGAACCGGGUGGGUGAGACAGUCGUACUAGUACAACGACGUAUUGAACAGCGCAUUUCUGAACCUGGUGUGCAAUAUGACCGAGUUCUUAAAUGGGAGCUCGCAGCCGUGGUUGCGGGGUGUUUGGUGCUCAGUUUGGAAUGAAGAGUACUGGCUGCCCGCUAACAUCACCUGGUCAGAUUUACAAAGCACUGAGGAUCAUGUUUACCCACAAGCUGAAGAACUCGGCCUCAUAAUACCCGCAGCGAUCGCGAUGUUCAUCUCUAGGUUUUUAUUCGAAACGUAUGUUUGCAAACCCUGUGCAGCUUGGUUUGAACUAGAUGACUGCAAAAACAGGGCUCCCUCAAAUGUGAUCCUAGAAAAAGUUUACAUGGACUUCACAAAGAAUCCCUCAAAUAAGCACCUAAUGUCUUUGACAAGGCAGCUGCAAUGGAGCAAAAGGAGAAUAGAUAAAUGGUUCGCCCUAAGAAAGCAACAGGAUAAACCCAGCACGGCAAAGAAGUUUUCUGAGAGCAUGUGGAAGUUUGUCUUCUAUGUUUACAUGGCUUUCCUUGGCACAUGUGUAAUAAUUUGGAACCCUUGGGUGUUUGAUACCAGGCAGUACUGGGAAAACUGGCCUUUUCAGAAUCUAUUGCCGGAUAUUCGUUAUCACGUGAUUGUCGAAUUAUCAUUUUACUUGUGCCUCAUCUUCAUGCAGUUUUUUGACACAAAACGAAAGGCUGCGAAGAUGGCCAACUACUGCAAACAGCAGAGACUCUGCGAUGCUCUGUUUGGAGUGUUUGCUGUAGUUUUCAUGGUUACUCGCUUGGGUUUUCUACCUCUUGUGUUUGGCAGGUCUAUCUACUAUGAGAGCUGGGAAGUGAUAGGACCGUUCCCCAGCUGGUAUUUCAUCAAUACCGUUGUCAUCUUGCUAUUGAUUCUGCAUAUCUACUGGUCCUGCCUCAUCAUUGCUAUGAUGAUUAAAGCUUGGCACAAGGGCAAGGUCUCCAAAGAUGAUCGCAGUGAUGUGGAAAGCUCCGAAGGAGAGACUGAACAAGCCAAGAAGAGCCACUGAGAGCCUUUCACAUGACUCCUGUAUCAUUCUAAAUUCCAAGUCAUUCCAUAAAAUAUAUAUUUUUAAAAUAAAAACCAU